AUGGCUAUCCCCACCUCAACGCUCCUGGCUCCCGCAAUCAUCAUUUUCUUGAUUCUUCAUGUCCUUCUCCGUGCCCUCUUCUCACCAUUUCGCACUGUUCCAGGGCCUUUCCUGGCUCGCUUCACGGAUGCAUGGUACUUCUGGAACAUCCGGAAAGGAUCAUUCCAGCAGGUUAACAUCGAUUUACAUAAGAAAUACGGACCCAUCGUUAGAUACGGCCCAAAUCGUUACAGUAUAAAUGACCCCGAAGCCGCAAAGACAAUCUACGGGCUUGGUAAUCACUUCCCCAAGUCAUCAUGGUAUUCAGCAUGGGCUAGCCCUGGACAGUGGGCCAUCUUCAGCGACCAGUCGAUCGAGCGUUCUACCCAAAACCGGAAGAUGUACUCGGCAACGUACGCCAUGUCUGCCCAAGUACACUAUGAGCACUUUGUCGACGAAUGCACAGAACUCUUUACCCAGCGUCUCUCCGAGCUCUCUACAUCUGACUCUAACCUGUUUGUGGACAUGAGACAUUGGUUCCAAUGCUAUGCUUUCGAUGUCAUUGGACUCAUCACUUACGCAAAACGCAUUGGCUUUUUGGAUCGAGGGGAAGACGUCCGCGGAGUCAUCGAAGCCUUAGAAGAUCAUAUGGGCUACGCAACUCUCUGCGGUAUAUUCCCUAGCCUUCACCAGUUUCUGUUCCCUCUCAGAAACUACCUUGCAGGCUCCAAGGGCGCAGGAAGGGCGUACGUGGUGAGCUUCACUAAUGAGCGAAUCCGAGAAUCUCAAACAUCCCCCAAACCCGUCGCUGCAGAGAACGAAGUUACAACGCAGGACUUCCUCACCAAGUUCUUGGCCAAGAACUUGGCUGAUCCACAAAACUUCACCCAGCACCAUGUCCUUAUGGGAUGCACUUCGAAUAUGGUAGCAGGCUCUGAUACCACGGCUAUUAGCCUUUCUGCUCUUUUCUACCACCUCAUAAAGAAUCCAUCCUGUAUGGAAAAGCUCAGAAAUGAGAUCGAUCAGUUGACAUCUCGAGGGGAACUCUCAAAAGCCCCGACCUUCAAAGAGAGUCAGCAGAUGACUUAUUUGCAGGCCGUAAUCAAGGAAACGUUGCGUAUACAUCCAGCUACAGGCUUGCCGCUCGAGCGAGUUGUACCAGAGGGUGGUGCGACAAUCGCUGGUCGAUUCUUUCCUGAAAAUACUAUCGUCGGCGUCAACAGCUGGGUAGCCCAUAGAAACAAGAAUGUCUUUGGAGAGGAUGCCGAAGUCUUCAACCCUGACAGAUGGCUUACGCAAGAUACUGCGAGACUGUCCGCCAUGAAUCGUUAUUAUAUGCCGGCAAGUAUUUUAUACCACAAUUUCGGACUGGGCUCACGAACCUGCAUUGGUCGACAUGUAUCGCAGCUUGAGAUGUCCAAGCUUGUUCCUCGCCUCAUUCGAGACUUCAACUUCGAGCUAGACCCCUCGCUGCCAGGAGGUAACUGGAGUACUUGGAAUUACUGGUUUGUCAAGCCAGUUGACUUUAAGGUUGGAAUUUCCCUUCGUGAGCCGAAAGUCUAUGCUUGA